AUGAGAUUCCCGCCCAUCGCCUCCCUCUUCUGGCGUUCACAACGGAUAUAUCAAGUUUUUGGCGCCAAUACUGAUGUGGGCAAAACUAUUUUCACGACCUUACUGUGCAAGGGUGCCAAGUCGCUCUGGCCUGCCAAGUCUUGCGCUUUCCUCAAGCCCGUCUCAACAGGCCUGGCUUCUGAAGCUGAUGACUACACAGGCUUCCACAAAAAUCACGAGCUCUUAGCAAAAUGUCGAGACUUGGCGGCAGACCGCGCAGCUCAGGGAGAUGGAUGGCUCUUCCUCGAGACAGCUGGCGGAGUCCACUCCCCAACACCCUCAGGAACAACCCAGGCCGAUCUGUAUAUGCCAUUGCGACUCCCUUCCAUCCUAAUCGGAGACGCCAGACUGGGAGGCAUCAGUCAGACUAUAUCGGCCUUUGAGAGUCUGAGGAUUCGCGGAUACGACGUUGAAUCUGUGUUGCUGUUUGAGGACCAUCAAUACGGCAAUCUAGAGUAUCUUUCAAAUUAUUUCAGGGAUCAUCACAGAAAUGUGAAGGUGGCUGGUCUAGUUGGCCCUCCUGACAGGAAGCAGAGCCAGCCAGAAGAUGCCAAUUCCAUGCGCCGGUACUAUAACGACACAGCCGAGAGCACAGUGCUGCAGAAUGUCCUCAGGCACCUGGACAGAAGACACGAGGAACGCAUCACCACAAUCGAGACCAUGGCCUCACGAGCACACCGCAGCAUCUGGUGGCCGUUCACGCAGCAGUCUCGCUUGAAGCCAGAGGGCAUCACAGUGAUCGACUCCGCCCACGGAGAUUAUUUUCAAACGCUGAGGCCCCAAAACGAGAUUACGCAGUCGACAACUGUCUCGUGCUCUGAAGAACACAAGUCGCUCCUGCAGCCGUCCUUUGACGGCUCGGCAUCCUGGUGGACACAGGGCCUAGGCCACUCCAACCCUCGCCUCACACUCGCUGCUGCAUACGCCGCCGGGAGGUAUGGUCACGUCAUGUUUGCCGAAGCAGUUCAUCAGCCAGCUCUUGACCUCGCUGAGACCCUCCUUCGGGGACUGGGAAACCCUCGGCUCAGCCGCGUCUUCUUCUCGGAUGAUGGCAGCACAGGCACCGAGGUUGCGGUGAAAAUGGCUCUUCGAGCAGCUAGGAUGAGAUACUCCACGGGGACAGGAGAGGAUGACCCCCUGUCCACCAAGGCACUCGGGGUGAUCGGGCUCAAGGGCGGAUACCAUGGUGACACCAUGGGCGCAAUGGACUGUGCUGAACCGUGCAUUUACAACGAAAAGACUGAGUGGUACACUGGCAAAGGCUUUUGGUUCGACUAUCCAACUGUUCUCUGCAUGGACGGCCGAUGGCAGGUCCGCGUACCUGAUGAGUUGAAAGCACAAUUCGGACAGGAGCGCCAGUUCAGCUCACUCAAUGAAAUAUUCAACCUGGAUGCCAGGGAAUCCCGAGGCGAGCAUCUCGUUUAUGAGACCUUCAUAUGGACAACGCUCCAAGCCCUGCACCAACAGGGGCGGAGAUUUGGUGCUCUGAUCAUCGAGCCUAUAGUUUUGGGGGCAGGAGGGAUGGCACUUGUCGAUCCGCUCUACCAACGCGCCCUUGUGAGCAUAGUCCGUCGGUACAACGAGUUGUUUGACGGCUCAGCGUCGUCCAAGUCCCAUGUGAAGGACCCCACCGCCUGGUCAGGACUUCCCGUCAUAUGCGAUGAGGUUUUCACAGGCCUGUAUCGCCUCGGACGUUUCAGCUCUUCCUCAUUUCUCCGCAUAGACCCAGACAUUUCAGUGCACGCCAAGCUGCUCACGGGAGGUCUUGUUCCUCUCUGCACGACUCUGGCCUCGGAGAGUAUCUUCCAAGUAUUUGGUAGCAACGAGAAGACCGAUGCGCUGUUGCACGGUCAUAGCUACACGGCGCAUCCGGUCGGAUGUCAAGUGGCCUUGGAGUCUCUUACCGAGAUGUCAGCAAUGGAACAAAGCGGCGCCUGGGACUGGGCGAAGGAAAGUGGCUGGAUGGACUCUGAGGACAUUCAAGACCCACAGGCCGGAGCCUUUGGAGCUGGCGCUGAAGUCUGGUCAAUGUGGCCGCAGGACCUCAUUACCAAUAUAUCCCGACAGAAUCCUCGCGUGCUUGGCGCAUGGGCCCUCGGCAGCGUGCUUGCUGUCCACUUGAGAGACGAAAUGGCCACAGGCUACAGCAGCAACGCCGCUGUAUGCCUGCGGGAUAACCUUCUUCGUGGCGACAGCAACGGCCCUUGGAAUGUCCAUUGCAGAGUUCUUGGCAAUGUGCUUUAUCUCAUGUCGGGACAGAAUACGCAAAGAAGCGAGAUUGAGCGAGUGGCAAGCUUGCUUGAAACUUGUUUACGUACCAUGUAG